GACCCAAAGGCGUUGGUUUAGCUUUUUAAUUUUUAAUCCUAGAAAUUGGGUAGCUAAUUACGCAGAAAAUUUGUAAUUUUUUCUCCAACUUAUCACAAGUGAAAAAGCGCGGUUGACUCCAGUCAAGAACUUCAACAUUCACAUCUAAUGGCGGCAACGCCCGGCAUCAACCACGCCCCUACGUGCGUUUUCCUCGACGGCGCCACCGUGCGCUCGAUCCUCCCUCUCCGCGCGCUCAUCCCCCAUCUCCGCUCCUCCCUCCCAUCCCUCUCCCUCUCCAUUCACACCCCUCCUCGCCAUUCCCACACCAUCGACCCCUCCUCCUCCUCCACCCUCCUCCUCAUGCCCUCCUGGUCCUCCCAUCCCUCCCUUCCCUUCAUCGGCGUCAAGCUCGUCACCUGUUUCCCUCUCAACUCCCACCUUCGCCUCCCCGGCGUCCAAGCCUCCUUUCUCCUCUUCUCCUCCUCCACCGGUGUCCCCCUUGUCUCCCUCGAUGCAACGCCUCUCACGCUUCUCCGCACCUCCGCUGUUUCCGCUCUUGCCUCCCUCCACCUCUCCCGCCCCACCUCCUCCGUCCUCGUCCUUGCCGGUGCCGGCUUCCUUGCUCCUUACCUCGUCCGCGCUCAUCUCUUCUCCCGUCCAUCUAUCAACCGCGUCAUUAUCUGGAACCGCAAUCCCGAUAAAUCCCGUGAUCUCGUGCUGGAACUCCGUCGUGAAUUCGAUCACGGCGUGGUCUUCGACCACGCUGAGGAUCUCGAUGAGGUGGUCGGACUUGGAGAUAUUGUUAGCUGCGCGACUAGUUCGAUGACGCCGCUGAUCAGAGGAGAGCUGCUGAAGCCUGGGGCACAUCUGGACCUUGUCGGAUCGUUCUCACCGGCCAUGAAAGAGUGUGACGAUGCAGCUAUGGUGAGGGGGAGGGUGUUUGUUGACUUCGAUGUGGCAUUGGAGGAGGCUGGGGAGCUGGUGGGUGCUUUCGAGAGAGGGGUAAUGGCGCCCAGCGAUGUGGCUGGGACUUUGGUGGAGUUGCUCGGUGGGGUGAAGGAAGGGAGGAGGGACGAGGACGAGGUGACGGUGUUCAAGUCGGUGGGGGCGGCGGUGGUUGAUCUCCUUGCCGCGCAGCUUGCCUAUCAGACAUACAUCGCAAGUACUUGAAACCCCGCAAUCUGGCAUUUGGUCAAACAAUAUAUUCAUACUGGUAAUUAAACUAUCAAAUAAUCAAUCCCCAGUGGCUUCUGGAAGCUAGCCAAGAGAUGGGUUUUGGAUUUUAAGGUUUUUCUGCAGGUUUUUAUUUGCUCUCUUAGUUUUUCAUUUGUGCUCAGCUACCAACUCUCAUAAUAAUGUAAGAUAUUUAUCAACCUGGUAUAUAAUAAUGUAAGACCUGUAGCUAUGAUAAUAAUGUACUUUUAUUGUUGAUAAAAUGACAGACUGAAUUUAUUCCUAUGUAAAGAAUAGAGUUGUUGGAUUGCAGUGUAUUAUCUGAAAGAACAUGAACCAAAAUUGGUUAAAACCUACCUAUCACCACUUAGGCUUUCUUUGGGUGAGAAUGGCCCAACUUAGAGUCCAGUAGUUUAUUAUUAUUAUUAUUAUUUUUGAAAUAAUGUGGAUAAAUCACAUAUUUAUUGAAUAGGAAAAGACAGUACAAAAUAGGAAACUACUCUCACCGGGGGUGAGGAGAAACGGAAUACAGCAAAAAGAAGUAAAAAAAUGAGGAAAAAAAAAAGAUCUAGGUAGGCGGAAGACACCGUUUGGUAUCUCAGGUCUUCCUAGAAAGACAUCAGGAACAGCUACUUCUGAGCAACAUCAAGAUCGGAGUCUCCUGCAGGGUUUGGGAGUCCAGUAGUUUAUCAAGAACCUCAUCUCUCUUGUUUUAUUUGUGCUUACAAUAAUUGUGUGUAAUCCACUACUUGUAACCAUUUUUGUUUUUUGAAAACUACUUUUUGUACAUGAAUUUGUUUAUAUUCUGGUAAUUUU